AUGGGCACCAUGCUCACAGACCCCGGAGACGACGGGUCGUCGACAUUUACCCUCCUGACACCAGCAGAGAAAGAUCUCGGCAUGUAUGCAUUCGACACAGAGCGGGUGAGGUGGUUCUUCUGCCCCAAGUGCAGCAUCACUCUCUACAACAGGGUGCAUGGGGUGUUUGAGGGGGUCGAGGUGCGCACGUUUAGGGUAAAUGUGCUGACGCUGGAUGAGAGGGCGGAUGGGUCGCCGAUGGAAGAUCUGAAGAAUCUCAAGAUCAAGUACUGGGAUUUCAAGGGAGUAGAGUUGCCCAAAGCGCCUCUUGAUGAACCUGUCAAUGGAGGAGUGUGGUGA